CCCCGCGCGCAACACGCGCAGCCCUCUCCUGCCACUGUAUAAAAGCCCGCAGUCAGCAUCCAGAGAGCACGGAGGAAUCUUAACCCCUCAGGUGUAUCUGUCUAUCCAACAACCAUGCAGGCUGUAGCUCUGAUCCUUGCUCUCGCGGUCAUCACCGGCUGCAACGCCCGUGUCGUGCGCCAGGCUGAUGCCACCCCAAAAAGAUGGGAGGACACCGUGGAUCAAUUCUGGCAAUACAUCGCUGACCUGAACCAGAAAGCCGAUGGAGUCGUGGAGAACCUCAAGGCCUCUCAGCUCACCAGGGAGCUAGACACUCUGAUCACAGACAGCAUGGCAGAGCUGACCGUGUACAGAGACGACAUCCAGACCAGGCUGGCUCCCUACACCGAUGGCACCACCGGACAGCUGUCUCAGGACCUGCAGCUCCUGGCCAACAAACUCCAGAAGGACAUGGAGGACGCCAAGGAGCGCAGCACCGAGUAUCUGGGUGAGCUCAAGAACAUGAUGGACCUGAACACCGAUGACGUCCGCACCCGCAUCAACAGCUACUCCCACAAGCUGAAGAAGCGCCUGGACAAGGACAGCGAAGAGAUCCGCAACACCGUGGCCACCUACCUGGGUGAGAUCCAGUCCCGCGCUACCCAGAACAUGGACACCGUGAGGGAGAAUGUUGAGCCCUUAGUCCAGCAGGCCAGUGACUCCGCAAGCAAGAAGCUGAGCGACAUCUCCACCAUGAUGAAGACCCAGGCUGAAGGUUUGGGCCUGCAGCUCGAGACCCAGGCUGAGGGCAUCAAGACCCAGCUGGAGAACACCGCCGAGGAUCUGCGCACCCGCCUGGAGGGCCAGAUCGACCAGCUGACCGAGAUGAUCUCCCCCUACGCCACCCAGAUCCGUGAGCAGAUUGAGACCAUCAUGCAGAAGGUCAAGGAGACCGCCGCCAACUAAAGAAAGACUUCUUAAUACCCUGGCAAACAGAGGGGGGAAAGGGGGGAGUUGAGAGUUACUGAUGAUAUCUUCAUUUGGGGGCUCUAUUGUUCAGGAUAAGGGGGUUGAUGAGAUGAAGAGGUGCGCCUUUUACAGUACAGCCAGCAGAUAAACGUCUGUUUGGGUUGCAUAGUCACCCUUUUUUUCUCUUAUCAACUCCCUUGAUGACUGAACACAAGCACCCAAGUCAAUAACAGCCUUUAACACACAAAAAGGAGACAAUUAUUUGUAAUAUGCUUCGCUUUUCUACUGUUAAUUCACUGUUGUAGCUGUCUAUUCCCCCCCCCCAACUCCCAAAGGUUUCGUAUUGAGUUUCUACAUUUUGUUUGGUUGUAAAUAUAACUGCUAAGCCUCAUAGGCAAGGGUGGGUUAUCAUCCCUAAAUGCACCAAACACAAGUGUCUUUCUUUUCAAUUAAUGCACUGAGCUUUAAUGAUGAUCAAAAGAUGGAGAGACACACAGUAAUGUGCUUGUUUUUCUAGAGGUGAACCACUAAAGUGCCCUUCUGUAUCGUCUGCAUUUCUUGUUGUGCUGCAGUGGAGUGUAAAAUGACUUGAUGCAUUUCUGACAAUCAGUGAGUGUAACGCUGCCUAUCUGUCCUUCAGUCUGCCUAUAGUGUCCCUUGUAUGUCACAUGCCCACCAUGCUGCUCACUGUAAAGCGCACUGUCAGUGUGCUCAACAGUGCUGAGUGAAUAAAGAACCUAGAAAAGAA